CCCUGCUGGCCUGGCCUCUCUCAUUCGCUCCUCUCCUUGGUAGAGCAGCCACCACCCCGGCCACCCACCCCGAACCCGACCUCAGGCCUCAAGAAGUGAACGCGGGCCAGCGGGAUAAGGACUUGGGGCUUCUUAUACACGCCAGUCCACUGUCACACACUGCCAGCAGCAGUUGCCCAUUGUUACUCGCGCACCAACCCCCCACCGCCGGCAAUCAAAUUUUUCGCCAGCGUUCAAAGUGCAACCCACAAAUUUAAGUGACCGAAAUUCAUUUCCAUUUUCGCAUAUUCAGUGAACCCCAAAAAUAAAAAUUCAGGUGAAUUCAAUCAAACCGGAAGUGAUUGGCAAUUUUACAACCACACCCGAGUGAUGAAGUGAAAAUCCGAUCAAAAUUUAAAAAAUCGUCAAGUCUAAAAAGAGGUGCAAAUUUCAUUUGUGGACUGGGGGAAGGCGGAAUAAUAUAAGCGCAUCCGGCGAAAAAUUCCGGAUUUUCCUCCAAAACCCGAUCGAGUUAUUAUUAUUGCGCGUCGAUUGCAUCAACUGUACGGGACAAAUUAAAUUUGAUCUCCGAUUUGGGGAGGAUGACGUCGUUGGCUGCUGGCGUCAGUGGUGCUAAUAGGCCAGCGUCUUCGAGUUCGGCCGGCUGCGGAUCUUCCUCGUCAGCCGUUCCGCCGUCGCAGCAGGGGAUGAGUUUGCCCGGAAUCGGCGGUGAGUUGGUGCGCACCGGAAGCCCCUGCGUUCUGUGCUCAUCACUUCCGACACAUUGGCGCUCCAACAAGACGCUUCCGGCGGCCUUUCGCGUCGUCUGCCUGGGCAGCAUCGACGACGGAACGCUCGUCACAGUCCGGGCCGGCAACGACGAGAACUGGAGCGCCGAACUCCGCAACGGGACGGCCGUCAUGAAAAAUCAUGUGGCCAAAUUCAACGACCUCCGCUUCAUCGGCAGAUCCGGAAGAGGAAAAAGUUUCACGCUGACCAUCACCGUCAAUUCGUCACCACCUCAAGUGGCCACCUACACCAAGGCCAUCAAAGUCACCGUCGACGGACCGCGGGAGCCCCGGAGUAAAACACCAGGUCAUUCGCCGUUUAUACCGCUUAGCCUGGCCUCCCGUUUCAUCGGCAACACCUUCGACACUCUCAAUUUAAAAAUCAGCCAACCCGCAGGUUGCAGAGGUUUCGGUCCACCGAUCGACUUCAAUUUGAGCAGUUCGGCUUGGGGGGCCUAUCGCGCCCUGGGACAGACAAAUCUUCCAAUGAACUGGGGUUCUUUGACCGGCGUCAAUGUUAAUCCGCUUCUUCAUCCGUCUGUCUGGGAUUCGCUCAAUCCGCACCGCUCCAUCGGCCCAGGUCAUGGCGAAUCGAGUGUGGGUGGGACGAACGGUUUACGGGUCAACGAAAUGAAUCGACGUGGUCCCCUGGAAUCGAAAGCCGGCGACGUCGUCGAGGUCCAGCGCAACGGAACGGACAAUCCGGCGACGUCGUCGUCGACAACCUCGGCGUCUGCGGCAUCGACGCUUCCGUCUUCAUCUCUCAUGUCCAACCUGCCGCACCACAACGCUCAAUUCCUGCUGGCCAACCCGUGGUUGCACACGUCACUGCUCUACUCGCAGCUCUACAGCCAACGCGUUCACCACCACCAUCCGCCACCACCGCAGCCGCAACCGGCCAACAACUUGAGCGUCGAACCAGAGUCCGGAUCGGAUAAUCAGGCCGAUCAGCCGGAUCAUGUCGUGUCGCUGCCCUGUAAGUUUAGUGCCCACCACCACCAGCGCUCGCCAGCGCCGGCCACUCCCAAGAGCAACGUUUCAUCGCCCGCCUCUUCGACGACGACGACCACGACGAAAGACAACACGCGGGAAAAGGCGGAGGUCGAUAACAAACGCUCAGAAGUCUGGCGGCCCUAUUGAUUCAUCAAAUCAAAUAUACCAAAUAAAAGUCAAUCAAGUUGGUGGCCAUUCGUGUAACGGAUAGAAAAGAUUUGAAAAAAACCAAAAAAACAAAAAUAAUAAUUAAUUCGGCACAUUUGAUUGAAUGAUGAUGAUGCCCCCCCCCCCCCGUUGGUUAAUGUUAACAUUGGUAUAAUAAUGACUCGUCAUUUGUAUUUUCUCCAUUAUAAUAUUAUUAUUAAUUCCACACAUGUAGUUUUGUUUUCUACAUAAUAGCCACAUCUCUCUCUCUCUCUCUGAACUGCUUCCUAUUUAAAAUCAUAGACGACAAUUUUAAAACUAUAUUUGAUCCCCGUGUUCGUUUGUUUUUUGGACGAUGUUGCAGAUUUAUUUAUUUCAAUCCCCGUGCUCACCUUUCUUGUCAUUAAUCCCAGACGCGAAAAAAAACAUACACACACACAUGGAACAAAAAAAUUAAUAAGCGAAUUGACUUUUUUCAUUUUUGGUUCGGUGAUAUGGCUGAGGCGAAACGGAUUAUUUCCCAUACACAAGUGUUGAACAAAAUUAAAGUUCACUGAACAUUUUGUCAUUUGCAGUUGGUCAGCAGUCGGGUGAUUAUCUAAUUAAAGCGUGAUUUUGCGGUAAAGCGGAAAGUGGUAAAGAAAACGAUCCAUCAGCAGUCACUGGUAUAUAACAUGAGAACUGGGAUCUAAUAAACUAUACAUAGCACUUGUGUGGUUAUGCCGAAUUAAAGCGCAUCUCCGAGCUGGAAUGACCAUCUAGACAUAAAAGCAUAGAUCCGACACAGUACCUUUUUGUCUUUUUACCUUGUGAGAAGAAGAAGAAGAUGAUGAUUUGAUUUUCUGACAUUUGUAUUACGUGACGCGCCGGAAGCACGAAAAGUUUAUUUUUUUUUUGUUCUGAAUUAUUCAAUUGGUUGAUAAAAAGGUUUCGCCUUUCACGCUACUCCGUCUGUAUAUGGGUACCAACGGACUGGAAAAUCUAAGACGAAACGCGAUAUAGUUUUACCUUUUUGAUUCACGUCAUGUUGAGGAUUCUUUCCGUCUGCAUACUUGUGAGUGUACAACCUUAAACCAAUCCAAUUAAUACAGAAAUAUUUUCGGUUUUAGGUUUGUGUGUGCUGUGCGAGUUAUUUGGUUGAUGACGGCCAAUCCGGUUUCGCGGUAUUGCUAUAGCUUCCG